ACCUUUAUACAUUAACACUUUCAGUUUAGCAGUUUAAUUUUUCAUUUGGUACGCUACAAAUGGCUGAAGAUGAGAAUUCAUGGGUUUUUGAUUCUCUUGUGUGUUUUCUCAGAGGUCCCAUAUGGGACGCACCCAUUCAAAAUUUCAUAGAGGAAAAGUCCUUGAUUUUUGAACCAAAUAAUGCCGAGAAUGAGGACGAUUAUCAGAAGAUAUUCGACGAAUACAAAAAUCUGGUAGACUUCAUGCUGGGAAAUUUCAUGGAAGAUGUUGGAAUAACACCGGCCCAGUUCGAAUAUGCUUCUUUCAAAACUCGCCAACAUCAUCACUCAUUACGAUUCGAUCAAAGUACGUUCGAACAGAUUUGGGCUGCGAAUAACUAUGAGAUGUUUAAACGCAUGAUGACUCGCAGGAAUAUUGAUCUUCAACUUCAAGCUUUGGAAUUGAUAGAGAGAAAAUAUGGAAAAUUACCACAAUCCUUGAUUCUCUCGCAAAAAGAAACGGACGUUCGUGUAGAGAGUCAGCAUAAGGAAAUUUGUCCCAAAUCCGGAGAAACGGAAGAUAUCGAAAAAGUUAUACUGGAUGAAGUUGCCAAGAAAUUUAUCGAAGAAGAACCCUCAGAUACCCCUGAGAUUGAAUCACUUCUAGAAGAAAAGCAAGUUCUGGAAAGUACAAGAGAUGAAAUUACAUCGGAAAUGCCUACAUCUGGGACAGAACUUAGCAUAGCUCAUGAAAUAUCGGAUGGGCAGUUGGUACCUGGUGGAUUUAAUAAAGUUGAACUUCUUGAAAGAACAAAUAAAGAAGCACUUGGUUUUAAAUCUGAAGAAAAGGGUGUAACCCCACUUGCUACAAAAAGUAUUCAGAAGACCAAUAAAGAAAUCCAACCAUCACGUCUACAACAAAUUGAUCAUCUUGAGAUGAAGAGAAGACAAGAAUAUCUACGGAAACAGCGUGAUAAAUUGGUUGCUUUAAAAAAAGAAGAACGGCGAAAGCAAUUCGACAGAACAGAUGAUGAACAUGCUAUGAAAAAAACGAGGCCAAAGUCGGCAAAGGCAGCGGAAGCAGUGUUAACUGGAGAGCAAUCUGUCAUUCCUUCACAAGAGCUGCAGCUACGUAAAGCUCUAGCCGAACGACUCAAAUUGGAAGUUGUUGAUAAAAACAGAAAAUAAAUUGAUUGAAGUUAUUUUCCGCAUAAAAUAAACAAAUAUCGAUUAGGUAACUUAUUACUCAACAAGUUUCAUCAAACUUUAAUUGAAUUAUAUUGCUUAUUCACUUUGAAAUAUUGAAAUGAAUCAGAUUAUACAUUAGAUACUAUUAAACCUGAAGUUCGUUGUUGUUUUAUGAAUAAAAAUCACAUAUGUUCAUUCCUAACUUCAUUAAUAGA